UCGACCUCCUUCACGCAGCAUCUCUGCUCUCCAUCCUCCGUCUCCACCCUCCUCCUCCUCCUCCUCCUCCUCCGCUGCCGCCGCCUCAGCCUCAGCGCCGCUUCCUCUGCAGGUGGAUGGAGGCUGGAAGCCCCGGAGACACGAGCCAUGCACGGGAACCGCUGCUGUCAGACUGCUGAGCACCUCCCUUCGCGCCGGGGACCACAUCCUUAAAUGACCCGCGGCUGAGGAGGGGGUGUCUCCGGAUCCAGCGCCCGGAUCAUGGCAUGCUGCCCACACCGGGCAUCCAGCACUGACCAUGGGGCUCCGGUCCAGGACCGUCGCUAGCGGCUCGGAGGAGCAGAAGAAGACCUCCGGCGCUCCUCCCGGGGACUUAUUGGACCAAGGUACCGGGGGAGCGGACAAGGAUGGCGCCCUGCUGCUGGUGGCUUCGGGUCGGGAUGACUUCAAGCGGGGCUCUCAGGGCAUCGGCAUCGGGCUGCUCGCCAAGACCCCCCUGAACUACACCCGGCCGGCCAAGAGGAAUAACAUCCGCAAGAGGAGGAUCCAGAACCUGCUCUACGACGCGCUGGAGAGGCCGAGAGGAUGGGCGCUGCUCUACCACGCGUUCGUGUUUCUGAUCGUUCUGGGCUGUUUGAUUCUGGCCAUACUGACAACAUUCAAGGAGCACGAGAAGGUGUCUGCACACUGGCUGGUCAUACUGGAAACCUUCGCCAUCUUCAUCUUCGGAGCAGAGUUUGCACUGAGGGUCUGGGCUGCAGGAUGCUGCUGUCGCUACAAAGGAUGGAGGGGGAGGCUGAAGUUCGCUCGCAAACCUCUCUGUAUUCUAGACAUCUUUGUGCUGAUUGCCUCGGUGCCGGUGGUGGCGGUGCGUAACCAGGGUAAUGUGUUGGCCACGUCCCUGCGCAGCCUGCGCUUCCUGCAGAUCCUGCGGAUGCUGCGCAUGGACCGGAGAGGAGGAACCUGGAAGCUGCUGGGGUCCGCCAUCUACGCUCACAGUAAGGAGCUGAUCACAGCCUGGUACAUUGGCUUCCUGUCUCUGAUCCUGGCGUCUUUCCUGGUCUACCUGGUGGAGAAGGACGACGUCUCCAUGGACGUGUCCAACCAUGAAAACCCCACUGCUCAGCCCAAACCGCAGGACUUCGACACCUACGCCGACGCACUGUGGUGGGGGCUGAUCACACUGACCACCAUCGGCUACGGGGACAAAACCCCAAAGACGUGGGCUGGGAGACUGUUAGCCGGCACUUUCGCUCUGAUCGGAGUGUCCUUCUUCGCUUUGCCUGCAGGGAUCCUGGGCUCAGGCUUGGCUCUGAAGGUCCAGGAGCAGCACAGACAGAAGCACUUUGAGAAGCGUAGACAUCCAGCCGCGGGGCUCAUCCAGUCUGCUUGGCGAUAUUAUUCCACCAAUCCAAUCAGGGAAGACCUUAUUGCCACGUGGAGAUUCUAUGAAACUGUCAUCUCUCUUCCCUGUUUCAGGAAGGAUCACUUGGAGGCCAUGGCGAGCCAAAAACUGAGUUUACUCGAGCGUGUUCGCCUUCCCAAUGCACGGCCAUCAGUUGGGACAGUCAAGAGGCUCACAGGUAACGCCGACUCCAUCGAGGAAAGUCCCUCCAAGGAGCCAAAACCUGCCGGCUUCAGUAACCGGGAACGCUUCCGCACCGCCUUCCGCAUGAAGGCCUACACACUCCGCCAGAGCUCUGAAGAUGCCGGAGCCCUGGCAGAACCAGCCUUAGAGGAGCGGGGCUUCCCUGCAGACAUCCUCAUGGAGGAGAUGAUCCCCACACUUAAACUGGUCAUCAGGGCAGUCAGGAUCAUGCAAUUCCUCUUGAACAAGAAGCGGUUUAAGGAAACUCUGAGGCCUUACGAUGUCAAAGAUGUGAUCGAGCAGUACUCUGCUGGACACCUGGACAUGCUCUGUAGAAUAAAAUACCUCCAGACAAGGAUCGACAUGAUUCUUGCCCCUGGACCCCCCCUCACCCCUAAACAAAAGAAAACUCAGAAAACACCCUUUACCUAUCCGCCCAAUCAGUCACCCAGGCAUGAGUCCUACAUAGCCAAAGCCGCCACCAUGCCAGAUGCGGAAGACCAAAGCAUGAUGGGUAGAUUUGUGAGGGUGGAGAGACAGGUGGAGGACAUGGAGAAGAAGCUAGACUUCCUGGUGGACAUGCACAUCCAGCACACUGAGCAUCUGCAGGUAGACUCUGCCGGCGCUGCCCACAUGACCCUGGAGGCCUGCGACCCUACGGGGAACGGUGAGAUCCGGCGGGUUUUCUUCAACUACGCUGAGGCGUUCCCGCACAUGUCGUACCAGAUGCCUGUAAGCAAAGUGAAUCUGUAUUAUGGCAGAGGAAGAGGAGGUGGAGAGGGGUUGGCUGGUGGAAGUCGCGUACCUCCAGACCAUCAACCCCCAGCGUCACACCUCCACCAACGCCACCCUCCAACUGCCAUUCCCACCUACACCGAGCGUCCCACAGUGUUGCCCAUCAGCUCCCUGCAGGACUUGUCAACAGGGCCGGGCAGGACCACAGGGGGGCGGGGGGGCGACUCGCCGCUUUCCCUACUAUCGGUGAACCACGAGGAGCUGGAGCGCUCGCCGAGCGGGUUCAGCAUCUCUGGGGAGCGGGAGGAAGGGGGGGAAUUUUCAAUGGGGGCCGGGGUGGCAGCCGGGGACGCCAGCUGGACGAGACCCAGACCGAGCUACCUGGCAGAGGGGGAGACAGACACGGACACAGACCCCUUUACACCCAGCGGGGGGCCCCUGCCACUCUCCUCCACGGGGGAGGGAUUUGGUGAUGCUGUGUGGAAUACGCCGCCUUGAGAGGUGUUCAUGUGACCACACAGAAAUCCACAACUCUGAGUUAAGACUUUAAAUCCAACCCACGCCUCUAAACCCAAAUCAGUUUGGGUCAAAGCCACACCUCUGGACCAAACCAUUUGGAGGAAAGGUGGGUCUAAUCUGCCUAGAUGCUGCAAGGUCAUGAGCGAGGUCAUCGACCUUCAGAGGCCAACGCCAAUCUCACCAACCGUCCAGACAGAGAGCCAUGGCAUCGAGACUGCCCAGAAAAAAAGGGAAAACAGACAGUUUGUAAAGUAAAACUCUGUACAGCGCACUCUUCGCAAAAAUUUAGCUAAAAUAAAAAAGAACAUUAAUAUACAUACUAUAUACACCCAAAAGCUUUAUCGCUGCAAAGCCAACCGCACUGCAUGUAACGCAUGCGAUUUUUAGUGUAGACACUGCAAAGUUCAGGAUAUCAGGAAACGGAAAAAGCGAUUGAAUGGAUACAUAUACUUGCUAUGCCAUUUUGUAACACUUAUUUUUUUAUAUGAAUACAUUUUCAUCGUUUUUUGCAUGGUUUGCAUGAUAAUGCACCAUUGGAGGGGUGACGGUUGGAGGGUGAUAAUGGAACCAAAAGUCUCCUGUCUCUUUGUUUUGUAUGUGUGAUGAGUAUGUGUGGAUGAGUGUGUGAGAAAGGUUGUGAAUGAGAGAGAGAAAGAGGGACUUGGGUAACAAAACACUGGUUAGUUGCUGGCAGUCGUGUUUCACCACUUUUUGCUUUUCUCACGUUGUGCUGUAAAACCUCCGAGGAUCAGUUCUGUCCCAAACCAGAACUUCUGAUCCCAUCACUUUGUCUUCACACCACUGUGAUCUUGAGUUGUAUGUCACCACGUUAUGCAUACAAACUUUCCAGUUCAAAAGAAGUUAAAAAGUUAACAGAAUUUGAAACACUAAAUCUCUGCUGCUUUGUUGGCACAUGAAUUCAGGGAUAUAAACCACCUGUGUGUCUGCAUCUGACUUCAGUUUAUCACUGCUUAAAGAGAAUAUUACCUGGUGAUCAAAUGAUUUACAUUUGUUAAAGCAAAAGACAGUCGUUAAAACACUAAUAGGUACCUACAUAGAGGAAAACGUUUUAAAUUAAACACUGAUUAUUUUACUUUAUUACACAGUGUUUUACAUGCCAAACUCCACCACCUGGCACCUGAGUACAAUAACACAACCAUUAAAAAAAAUCUGCGUUUAAACAUAUAGUUCAAAAUUGGCCCAAAACAGCUCAAAUUGUAAUACUGCAGAUAAACUGUUGAAGUUGUUGCAUGAUGCAUACAAAGCCAAGGUCUCACUUAAAGUUUGUUGUCAAAAGUAAAGGGUAACUUUGGUAUGUUUUUGGCCUGGACCCUAUUUUCCCAUGUGUUUGUGUCUAAGUGACAAAUGGGAACAGACAUUUUUUAAAUUGGUCUAGUAUUGAGGAGAGCGCAGGAGACUGCUGUGGCAAACUGGCAGCAAUGUAACCACUUGGGGCAGUUGUGCAUUGUCAAUUUACGUCCAAUAAAAAUACUUGUUUUGGCUAGCGACAGGCUCAGAUUGUUAUUUGAAGUGUCUGACAACAUUAUAGAAACGAUCCCUGCAGAGACAGACCUUUUUGUUACAGAGUAAGAUUUUUGUUUAUCCAGAAACAGCCCCAAAAGCACCAUUGCCCAACCCACCAGACUCUAUUUAAAUAAAUAUUAAUUUAAUCAUCGUACAACACACUUCAUUUGAAGUCUUUAGAAAGUAAUAAAAUCACAAAAGCUGUCUUGGUUCUUCUUUACAUUGUUCCAACAAUCACCAACUGUGGUUUGGUUGAAAUAAACCCGUAAUUCACCCAGUUAGAUGUGAACAUAUGCUGGUUCUGUACAUGUUAAAAUUACUGUUUAUUUAAAUGGAGUCUGGUGGGUUUGGCAGUGGUGAUUUCAGGGCUGUUUCUGAUCUGUCUCUGUAAAGAUCUUUUCCAUAAUGUUAACAGACACAAUCUGAACCUGUCAGUAGCAGUAACAGGCACUUUUAAGCCCCUUACCCACUGGACAAAAAACUCACCAACACCUGCUCUCUACUGAUUUUUAAUCUGUUGUCUGGCCCAUCCGUGACAUUGAACGUGACACACAAGAAGAAAUUAAAAAUAAAACAGAAAGGUGUACUUGUCUACUGUAGAGCCGUGUAUAUGGCUCUGGUUUAUUAUCAGUGGGAAAGUAGUUUAUGGCCUGUACGGGGUUUCCCGCAUUUACAAAACCUGCACACAUGGGCUAAUUUUGGUGGGAAAAAAGGGUAUUAAUGGGUGUUAAGUGACAGUGCGCAAUUUCCCCAAGUGAUUACAUUGCAGCCUGUUUUGUGGCUGCCGACUACAGCGCUGUUGCUCGGUUCUGGACCAGUUUAAAAAAUAGUUUCUCUAAUUAGUCUCUACAAAAAAAAAAAAAAAGGUCCACGUUGAAACAUACCAAAGUUUACCGUUAAGAGCUUAAAUAUCAGAAUAAUGACAAAAAAAGGUCAAACUUUAGAUGGAAUUUCUACAGCAAAGGUCGUCCACUCAUCUAAGAGAGCUGGAAUAAAUGUGUCCAUGAGCCAGUGUUUACAACACAGCUCAACAUCUCCAAAGAUCAGCAUCAGAUGCCGAAAAUCAGUUAUAGACGUUUGAUUAUAAACAGAAUCUGUUUACAAAACUGACUUCACGUACUUUUCUGUCCAAUAACAAAUCUUUAUAAUAAUGCAGCUUAAAAACACUCAUCUUCAUAAUGUGCUUUUUUAUCGAAAUUUCUUCACAACAAACACAAAUUACUGUAUCGUCCACGGCUGCACUGCGAGCAACUCAAAUGUCCAGUUAUGAACACAAACUCACGCUGUAAGCAACAACACCACAUACUGAAAAGACUGGGGAGACGUGUAGAAAUACCAGUAAGCUAUUGGCUGACGAGGCAGAGCUUUCUGAUGAUAGACGCUGAAACGAGACGAGUCUGAGCAUCACAAAAAGAGCUUUACAGCAGAUCACAUAUAGGCCUAAACAGCAUUUACUACUUUAGAUUUAGAGCCACAAUGAUACUGAAUGUAAUAUUUGACAACCAACUAUAUCUACACACGGAUUAUUACACAGUUAUAGCAUGUUACAGCACCUUCAGAGUCCGAUUUUAAGAGGGGCCUCCACACCGGGCUUCUACAGUGGUUUACGGGAACCUGCUCAGAGUGCAGUCACAUCUGCUGUGUGUUUAGUUUAAUCAUCAGGAAAGUGGAGUUUUGUACUGGUUUGUCUAAGUUAAAGCCAGAGGUCUGCAACAGUAAGUUAAAUGGUCAUUCAGCCAACAACAACCGGAGAAAAACACAGUGAUGAGUACAAACCAGUCGUGUUGCAACGUCUUUAAACUGCUGUUCGUGUCCUUUGUGAAACCAAAAGACAGCGCUGAGUUAUUUUAACUUAGAAACUUGCGUCAGAUUUGUAACGCAAGUUAACUUACGUAUGUAACUUAAAGGAAUACUUUGCCCUCAGAAUGACCUCUAGUAUUUCAGUUUCUCUGUACAUAACCUUGAAUUAAUGAAAAAAAUGUCUUUCUCGCAUGCCUGCACAACCUGGUCUCACUCCAAAGUCUCGUCGAAUACUGGAGCUUGGGCAGUGGCUACGUCAGACACCAAUGAAAAAAAGUCCUUUCACGUCAGCAUGAUAUGCAGCCGGUCGCCUUUAUUGUGUAACAGCACCUGGCGGCUUCAGGGGGAAAUGCAGCAACACAAAGAUGUGAGUUAAGGGGGCGAAAGUCAGAGUAGGGCAGGUGGGAGGGGCGGUGGAUUGAACCAACAACCACCGGCUUUAACCCAGGAGGCUGGCAUUUGCUUCCCGUGUGAUUGUAAAGCCUAAUCCUGUUCGUUUUUUACCUAAACCCAAUCCAAGUUUCAACAACAAAUGUGCAUGGUAACAUUUUAGCCAACAUAUGCACGUGGUAUGGUUUAGGCAACAAAAGCACAUGGUUAGGUGUAGGAAAGAAGAACAGGGUCGUGGUUGUUGGACCUAUCCACUUUUGUCCCCUAACUUGCAUUGCUGUCUGGCUGCGUUUCCCCCAAACACUGCCAGGCACCAUUACAGAAUAAGGGCAACAUCAUGCUGACUUGAGGACGGCUUUUUCCACAGUGUCUGACGCCAGAAGUCACUGAAGACGCGGUGGUAUUUGAAUACUUUGGAAUGAGACCGGGUUGAUAAAUGAGACUUGGAUUAUACUGCACAAGUUGUGUGAGAGUUUGUAAACAGAUUUUCUGAUAAAGUUUUGCUGCUGUUAAACGCGGUCCCCAGUGACUUCAGGUCAUGAAGAAUGUUUGCCUUUUUUGGAUUCUUCGUUCACCAUGGAGGCAUACAAAAAAAAAAUGAAUUCAACAACCUAUUCUGUCAUUUAGGUAUGAGGAAGCAUUGAGUGCUCCUUCAAAAUAGAUGUUGGUUUGUAAGAGGAAAUCUUAAAUGACCCAGCAUCAUUUAAGUGGGAUAACACACAACAAGAUGUCCUGAUUUACAAAUAUAACCAGAGGAGGCGGUGACGAAGAAUGUUGACACUAGCUAUCUUUCCAUCCAAAAGUGAUUCGAAUCAUUGGGAAAUGCGCAUUAAAAGAAAUACGAAUCCUGUGUGUUUCCAUUAAAUGUACGGACUUUGGUGAAAACUACGAACUCGCGCGAGUUUUCCGCAGAACCGGAAACAAAACAAGUCUCGCAUUCUUCUUCUUCUACGUUUUCUGGCGGUUGGCAACCAGCUUGUAAAUGCAUUAUCGCCUUCCCGACGCGGAGUGUGGAUAUCACCAUGGAGAGAGGUGUGCUACGUCAGACUUAAUUCGAACAUAACUGUUUCCAUCCCCUGUUUUGCGAAUCAACAUUUUUUCAACUCAACCAAAACCCGGCUAAAGUGAACGUAUUUUAGUUUGUGCGAAUCAGGGGAUUUUAAUUCAAAUUUUGGCAUUUCCAUCAUAAUUUUCCGAUGCGAUACUUCUAGAUGCGCAUCUAAACAGGCUGAUGGAAACAUGGCUACUGUUCUUUUGUAUUUCAGGACAUACUGUAAAUUAUCACCUUCUUUUAUUAUCACCCCAACUUAUCACAGGCAAAGAGAGAAACUGUUCAAACCAAGCAGAAAACUCCGGUGCUACAAAUAAAGCCAAAAACUGCAGUUCGCUGACUGUCCACUUGAGGCCGGCUCCUGGGGCCAGUCGAUCCCCACAGACCCUCCAUGUUAAAAUGCCCAAUUUUACAGCAGAAAUAAACAUGUUUAGAGCCUGGUCCCAAACAAUGGUUUUGGUCUCUAUACCUUCUUUUGUUUUAUUAAAGUUAAAGCAAAAUUAAGGGCGGGCCAGUUUGUGCAAUAGGCUGUGCCGAUAGUGUCCUCCAUUAGUGGUUCUCGACUGGUGGGUCACAGUCCAAAAGUGGGUUGCAGGUUCAUUCUGAAUGGACGGCAAGUGACGCGCAAAUGUGUCAAGAUCGUAAAAAUCACACUUUAUUUUUUAUUACAGUGAAUUUCCAACACGGAGGUUUUCCUACUGAGUGAGUGACUAACGGACAGCCACUUGACAGAGACAGCAAACUAGCUCGACGUCAUGGCCAAGUGUGAUGCUGAAUGUAUAAAACUGAGGAAGGUACGACUAACAUGAAAUCUGGACACGUAGCUGGACGAGUUGGGAACAACCGUCCUUGGUGGCGACGGCCAAAAUUCCAAACUUGAGGCAUCAAAACAGGAGUCCACAAACCAUUGGGUGACGUCACGCUAGCUACGUCCACAAUUUUACAGUCAGAGGUUGAAACCGUCCAAGAGAUCAUUGGGUCAUGGUUACGUGCAGUUGCCUUUAGGGCUAAUGUAAAAGUAUUGUGUUAAAUGAUUUAACAGGAUACUUUACCCAUGGCUGCGGCUGGUGAUCGUUGCCCUGUAAUGGUGCCUGCUGAAUGGGUUCUACCACAAAGAACAAUGCAGAGCGGUUUGAUAAAACAUCUCAAUUUAAUCACAAAUUUACCUGACUUUAUCUGAAUUGUCUGAAUGUGGCAAACUCCACCCGCCUUGUGCAUCAAGUAGGUUUAAACAAGCACUCAGAUUGAAGCCCAGUGUGGACGCAGCUACAGUCUGUGAGAUGAACGAGGUGAACCAACACGUAUUAUAAUUAUUAUCUAUUUAUCUUAUUGUAUUACAGUUACUAUUACUUACCUUCUGCUACUGAAGCCCAUUCAAUUAUAUAUUAUAAAAAUCAAUUAUCUUGCAAUGCGGACACAAAUUGUCACCACAUAUAGAUAUAACAUGAUGAUAUAUCCCUGUAGACAUUCAUUCAUCGUGCCUCUGAAGCAAGAAACAUCACUCAGAAUGGCUCCACAUCGUCAUUCUGUAUUUAGUGUUUCAGUGCCACUCCAUCUCACCACACACCAAACACACCACACAGGAUUUUAUGAAUGUGAACUCUGUUUCCUUCCGUAGUGAUCUGUCUUUUUUUAAAACUAGCACACCGUGCAGUCUUGCUUUUGUAAAAUGCUGUUUUGUAGCUUGAUGAUGCUUUUGGCUCAUUCACUGAACAUGAUUUCAGCUGCACAGAAAUGUAAAGGUUGCAAUGUUUCACUUCUCGUUUGUUUCUUUUAUUUUAUAUCAAAUCAAUGUUUAACUGUUGCGUCCGUUCACAGCGGAGUUGCUCGUGUUUUAACGUCAGAAAGAACUCACUCUCCGAACUCAUUGAACACCAGUGUUUUUGUUGCCUCGCACAUCAAGUUCCAUUUACAGGAAAAUACAAAAUUGCUUCCAGUUGGAAUUUAAACUCUUAUUGCUUCCUUUCUAAAUUAACAUGCAUGUAUCAGUUUGAGAACAUCAAUGGAAAUAACAAUACAGCAGCAUUGGUAUAUUUGUAUUUACACCGGCAAAUUACUGUUAAAUUUAACAUUCUAUAUUGUGAAUUGUUAAAACUUUACAAAUUGUCUUCCAAGACACCAAGAUACACUGGGAAAAAGUGAUGCUAGCAAACACUGAAAAUGUUUUUCAAUUAUAAUUUAUUACUCAAAUAAACCUGAAGUUUUUCUCCUCGGGAAUUCAGACGCUAUUAAUGAGUUGAUGUGCACAAUAAAUAAAUAUUUUUAAUCUGCCAUUGGUGUUACAUUAUUUUACUUGUUUUCAGUUAACUUGAUAAAUUGAUUUUUGUUUCUUGUCUGGAAAUUCCUUCCAAUAAUGUAAAAUUUUGGAGAAGAAAAAGAUGGAAAAUGAGAAUAAAUUUCUUUUUAAUUUUGUUUUAUUUUAUUUGCAGUUUGCAGUGUGCACAAAUUAUUCCCUCAAUAUUUCAAGUAUUCCAAGUGCUAGCAUUACUUUUUACAGUGUGAAAAUGAUUCCAGUUUUAUUUAAUUUCCUGUCCAAUUUCCUGGAUUUUGUAAAUGAAAUUACAUUUUGUGUGUUAUGGGCAAAUAAUCCCAACAUUUUACUGUGUUAUUUUCUUGUGAAGGCUCUGUACGAGUUGCGAGCACACGUUACUCCACUGUCUGUUUUUGCAAACAUUCUCCAGUGACGACCUCAUAUCAAACCUCUCCACUAGAUCAUCACCCUGUCACAACACUUCAUUAUAAUAAUAUUUCUGGCUUUUGAGGAGUUUAGACUGUUGGUCAGAGAAUAUGAAAGGUUUAAUGGACUGCAUUUAUUAGGUGUCUUUCUAGUCUUAGCGACGGCUCAAAGCACCUUGUGACACAGACACGAUUCAACCAUUCACACACAGGUGGUCGUGGCUACCACACAUCUGCUCAUCAGAUAAACAUAGAUAUUCACAAACCAAUGCUGCAGCCAUCAGGAGGAAUUUUGGGUUCAGUAUCUUGACAAACGACACUCCGACAUGUAGACUGUAAGGGCCAGGGUUCAAUCAACCGACUAUCUGAUUGGUCCGCUCGACCUCCUGAGUCACAGCCACCCCUGCUUCAGUAGUUCUGACAGUAACAACCAUAAUAUACAACAAAAAUACUGACUUUUCUCCUCUAGUAAGUUUUUGUCAUUUGUCCAGGCCGCGAAAAUAUGUGCUUGACUUUCUUUAGUUCUUUCCUUCUGUUGUUUGGUGCUGAGCAGGCAGCACACACUGUAUUUAUGAGAGUCUGUUUCUUUAAAGUAUUGCUGAUGGCCAUAUAGAGGGAUAGAUGAGAUCCAAAGGGAUUCAGUUGUGAAGUCUUUGUGCAGCCGGAGAACCAACAUCAGUAGCUAGUUUGUUUUGUUAUCAAGCUAACGUUAGCUAAUGUGCUAGAGUUACAGUUCCAGAGAAACCCAGUAUUCCUCUUAAAGGGAUAGUGCACCCAAAAAUGAAAAUUCAGCCAUUAUCUACUCACCCAUAUGCCGAGGGAGGCUCAGGUGAAGUUUUAGAGUCCUCACAUCACUUGCGGAGAUCCAAGGGGAGAGGAGUUAGCAACACAACUCCACCUAAUGGAGGCUGACGGCGCCCCAGAUUCAAACGUCCAAAAACACAUAAUUGAAACCACAAAAUAUCUCUAUACUGCUCGUCCGUAGUGAUCCAAGUGUCCUGAAGCCCCGACAGAAAAAGUUGUUUGGAAAAACGUCAUUUGAACUCUGUUUUUAGCCUCAUUGUAGCCUGUAGCUCUGACUGCCUCUCUGGGCGUGAGACAUGGGCCUUUGGUCUUAUCACAUUUAACCAUAGUUGUCUUUGUUUUUGUUGACGGGCAGUGGCGGCUGGUUUUGAGCCAUGACUCCUUCUAUUCUGGCUCCCAAUAACACAACAAGACAGACACAUUUUUAAAACUCCUAUGUAGCCUACAGCCCUGGUGGCAACUUGUGUUUUGCCUCCAGCUAAUAAAAUGAUGUCAUUGUGACAUCAGAUUCAUUAUUUUGACUGAAGUGUUUUCCUACUUAUAGACUAGUCCACUGGUCUAAGUUUAAACUUUGUCAGGGAAAUUAGUGGUGAGGAACAUCCAUGAUCACAAACUUUGUUUGCAAGACAUUAUUUUCUGCAGUAAUUCAAAAUCAAAUGGAAAAAUCCCAUUGGCUUUUUUGUCGAGGGAAUCAAGGCGAUGCUAAAUUGCAGAUCAGAGGUAGAGCAGGUCGUCCACCAAUUGGAGGAUAAGGGAUUCGAUCCCCGGCUCCUCCAGUCUGCAUGUCUGAGACAGAGAUACUGAACCCUAAGUUGCUCCCGAUGGCUGUUCCAUCAGUGUGUGAGUGUGUUUAAAAAAACAACAACUGAGUAGCAGGUGGCACCUUGUAUGGUAGCCUUGGCCACCAAUGUAUGUGUGUGUGAAUGGGUGAAUGUGUAAAAAAAAAAAAAAAGCCCUUUGAGUGGUGGGAUGAGUAGAAAGGUGCCAUACAAAUGCAGGUUCAUUUACCAUUUAUCAUCUAUACUGCCUGGAUAAAAUUUAACAGGCUGUUACUAGUGUUCACUUGUACAUCUGACACCAAACUGCCUUUGGUUCCAACUCAGUCAGGUGACCAACAGAUAAAACUGACAAAGUCAAUGUAGCCCUUUACACUACAUUGUAAUCUGAUUCUGUGCACUGAUCCCUGAGCACGUACGCUCACUUAUUCCCUCCACUUUUCCUUGUGAAUCAAUACUUUGUCUCCUAGAUCUGCUGGAGGGGUUUUAAUCAACCGAUGAGGUCACUGAAGAGUUGAAGCAUUUACAGUCCUGCUCCAGUAAUUACUGUACUGAUCAUUUUAUCCUCUUACUCUUCUGAAUCAGCUGUGUGUCUGAUAGACUGGUAUGUUUCGUUAAGAUGUCAGAAAAGGAUCAAGAGUGACUCAAAUGUCUAUGUGAUAACUUCAAUGAUGCCCAUUCCCAUCAGCAUUGAUAACAGUUGGCCGUGCACAGGCAAAUUAGGGUUAUCAGUUUGUACACAAUUAAAUAGAAAACAGCAAAGAAUACUGUACAAACAUGACUGACACUUUAGAGAUUCUUGUGUCACCCUUCAGAUUCAACUCCGUGGGCAUCAGUAAGUGACGAUGAAUUCCAUCUUGUUUAACUGUUCAUUCGACAAUCAGCAUUUUGCUGUUUUUCUUUUCACUGACAUGUCUUUGGUCUUUUUGCAAAAGAAUCUACUUUAACCAGUCAUGCAGGAGUUUGUUCUCUCGUUUAAAAAUCCUUAUAUGCCAUUUUAGCAUUUUACUACUAGUCAGUUUGGACCACAAAAAGUGCAGUAAAUUCAGACAGAAAUAUUCAAAUGACAAAUUUUUAUUGGAUUAUCUUUUGAAUUGAUGAACAAUAUUGUCCCCAGUGGUGCCUGGUGUUAAUUUUCUCCCUUGAUUUGGUAAGUUGGUCUCGUCCAAGACGUUCUCAUACCAACUCGUCAAAUACUGCCGCUUUUUCAGUGGGCCUAAAAAAUAUGACGCGCUGGAUACUCUCUUGCAUCUCUCUUGCCGUACCCAAAUUUGUCUAUAUCCCACAUAUUUUUAAAGGCUGCUUUGAUGAGAGGAGUCAACAAGGAAAUAGUGCUCUUGUAAGGAGGCAGGUUGUGGUAGUAGAUGAGUCACAAAAACGUUCCCCAGUGAACUUUAGACUUUGAUUCAUUUUAACGCACAUCUUCACCACGUUUCUUGUCAUAAACCUAACCACAGUAACUUUACUUGCCUCUGUAAGUUAACGUUAAUUACGUGACUGUACAUUAAGGGCAUGAUGUCAUUCCUGGGGCACUAAUUCGUAGGAUAUCAUAUGAACUGUUGGGUCUGCAGUUCCAUGGGAUAUCACACGUGCCGUUGUGUGAGAAUUCAUUGGUCUGUUUUGGACGUUCAGGGACGACGUCUUAAUUUACGGCUGUUACAUGAAUUUGUGUCCUUUCAAAAUAAACUUCUGUUUUCACAGGAAAUGUACAGUUUCUGCUUGGUGUAUACAAAUGGUCUUUUUUAAAGUAAACUUAACAACAAAGGUUAAACACUUUGUUUCCUUAGGUUUAGCCAACUGAAUUGCGUGGUUACAUUUAAGCAACAAAAGCAUGUGGUUAGGUUUAGAAAAAAAACAUAAUGGUUUGGCUUUAAAUUCACACAGGAAACCAAAAGCCACCACCCCUCUCGCCCACCCUAUGUGGACUUUUUGUUAAAUUACAGUAGCUGCCAGCAGCGUUACAAACUUACGCCACCUAGUGCGUAUCAUACUGCCAAGAAGGGUGCCUCUGUGCGUCUGCGUCUUGCGUUUACGUCCACUGACAAAGUGGCGUCAUUUGACAAAUUGGGUUCUUCCCUCCUGCCUCUGAAACUGAUGCACCCAGUGUGUAUCAUACUGCCACGAAAGGGUGUCUUUGUGUUGAUGUCUGAAGCUGACAUCACUGACAAAGCGGCAGUAUUUUAUGAGUUGGGAAUGAGAACGUGCUGAAAUGUCACUGCUACAGUUCUAAACGUCUUCUUAAAUAAAGUACUCCCUAAUUUGGUUGUGGCGCCCAAAUGAGCCCCUAAUCCUGCUUUUUUCUUUUUGUUUAUUGGUGUUGUUUGAAACAUGUACAAACUACACUGAGUUUCAGUGACAUUUUGAUGUUCUGGCACAGUGAUUGGACACUGCAUUGUAAUCAGGGAGUUUAUCUUGAUGACUUCAAAGAACAGUUUACCACAAUGACAAUGUUUAGUUAAUUUCACAGAGGACACACUGGUUUAACGUUGUACUUGUUGUAGCAGUCAUUCACACUUAUUCACACUAACACUUAUCCUUCAGCAGUCUUGCAGGAAAUUCUCUUCUGAAUGUAGAAACAACACUCAAGAAGCUCGAAAACGCAGCAGUUUAGUGAACCUGCAGGGAUAAUAACGUACAAAAGGCUGAAUACGCAUAACAUUAAUUUUAAUCCUACAUACAGUGUAACAUGUUGGUUCUGUUGUUUUUUUAUGAAAUGGAAAUCCUUCCCCUGUCUCUCAAAGCCAGAAUCUGGUCCUUGUAUGAAGCAUGUAUGUACUUAAAAUAAGCGUUUUCCACACAUUUCUGCCCUCUUACAUGUGAAUCUCAAUGCGUGCGUCAACUUCCAUGUGUGUCAUUUAUGUUUUCGACUCUUUGUGAGUGACCUCGUCUGUAUGUGCAUCGAUUCUGAAUGAAAAGGAGCACUUUAUGGCAUCCGUGUAGUCAAGAGGGCAACAGUGCUUGCUGUGAUUCUUCUGUUCAGUAUGGUUGUACUCACUGUAACUGCAUACCAAGCAAUGCACUGAACCACACAUUCUACAUAACCUGUAAUUUUAUGGACAUCUUAAUUGCUACGAAUUAUUUGUGCCUUGGCCUUUUACAGUAUGGUUCUUUUCAAUGUAUUUUUUAUUUAUUUUUUAUUCCGAUCAUGCUUUUCUUGCUAUGGCUGUCAAACUGCAGCACAAAGCUGAUGUAACAUCUGUGUGGAUGGCUGCAUUUACACGGACAAAAAAACAACAACUAUGAAAUGUUUACAUUUUACCAUACAUACAUGAUCUUUAGACUUAUUAUAAGACAGAACAAAUGUGGAGAUCCAUGGGAGAACUUGGCUGUAGGCAAAUAGUCUUUGCACAGACUUUGUCUGUGUGUAGAAGGUGUCUGAUAUCUGGGCGUGGCGAGUCUGUAGAUCCAUUCACGGUCAAAUUCAGUUCCAAAAUGCUAGCUAGCUGUAGUAACUUGUACGUUUACGUGACAUCAGAGAAAAUCGAUUUAUUGUGUCAGUCUGACUAAAACCGACUUUUCAGAUACAUCUAAACAUGUUAGUCUGACUGAAUCGUACUAAAUUGAAUUUAUCAAAGUCGGACUAACACACCCAGACAAUGCGAAUGGGAGUCAGAAAAUACAAUAUGAUUUCAUAGCGAGCUGAAGUCCUGUUGUCACUUUGGGCUAGCUGCUCUAUACAGUGGUGUUACCUAACAAAACAAGUGCGCUGGACUUUAAAGCCAAUAGAGUGGUGAAGGAAUGAAUCCCAAAUGCAAAAUUAGUUUGAUUUCAGCACUCCUUGUUCCCUUUUGAAGCCUUUGAGUGUCUUAAAAAAGGCGGUUGCUAACAGGUCGCUAAAUGAAACGACAGAAGGUCAUAACACCAAACACAGCUUUACAGCCUUGUUCUGGUGACGACAUUAAGUCAUGUGAUUUUAGUGUAGUUUGUUUAUAGCCUUACGUAAUGGAAGUUAGCCUGCUCUAGUGCACCUGCUCUAUGGGCCCAACAAUGAGGAAGAUCCAAGUAUUUUUACACCGGCAUGUCAAACCUUUUGGCUUCACGCACCACGGAGAAGCUUUCAUUGGGAUAAUCGGAGCUCCACUUCCAACGCUGUAUCCAGUUCUCUUUAUACAUCCAUGAAUGGAACAACUAGCUUUUGUAACUCUGUGAAUUUGAGUUUCUGUCACCAGGCUUUCAUGAAAAGUGUCUAGUUUAGCACUUGUUAUAAACUUCCACUUGUGUCAGUGUGUGCAUUAACAGUUUCUCCCUUUUCCAUUGUCCACCCCACCUUUUUUAACUUCAAGGCUUUAGUCAACUGCUAAACAAAAUGUUUGGCCCUCCAGUCCAUUUUCAUAGUUCGCUAUUAGACUUGUGUUGGACUUUCAAGAUGGUGACAUUUAACCCAAAUCUCUCAAGCAAAUGUUUUUAUUUGCAUCAUCACAAAUGUCAGAUGUUGAAUGAGGUUUUCUACGUCUGGAACAAAACACAGUUCUCUAUAGGAAAAAUGUGCCAAAUGCUACAAAGCUGAGGACAGUGUAUAACCGUAACUUCAACUGGCCAAAAACCUGCACAACAUUAAAAACAGCACAAAAUUAGCUGCACAGUUUCUAUAAAUGUUUUAUUGAUGGCUCAGUACAGAAGGACCUGUGGAGCUCCUCUGUGGCCUCCUACAGGGCAGGAUUCAUUUCACAACAAGAUGUGAAGGAAAAUAUCAAGAGAACGAUGUUCAAAAUCAAAUCUGCUGUUUCUUGUGUAAAUGCAGCCAUCACACUUUGAGUAACAAACUCUCUCUAAACACAGAGAGUGGAUAUUACAGACAGCUUUGUGUGAGUUCACUGACAGCAGCUUUUUUGGGGUCAGAAAAAAAAAGUUUUGAUGUUCUUAGGUUUCAUUUAAGGGAAGUUUGGACAACUUUACACUAGUGGCCUUCAGAGCUGUGCAUCAUUUUUCUCAUUCCAGUUUGAAAAAAAACAAAAACUUGCCAUUUCUAUUCUGUAUUAGACCACUUUGAAUAUUUUGUUUUGAUGAUAUAAUAUGCAAAUGUAUUCUUACUUGAUUUUUUUAUUUUUUGUCUUUU